AUGAGAUUGAAUAGUUCAAAAGGGUUCAUCAUUCAAACUAAACUUCUAAAGUAUGUAACUGGCGAAAACUUUCUCAUUUCAGGUCCUCAAGUCGACAGUCAAGCUAAGAAAUUAGAUCAUUUGAGGCUGGUGAAUGGCGGCAGCCCGUGUGCCGGGAGAGUGGAGGUCUACCACGAUGGACAAUGGGGCACAGUGGAUGGCUUUGGCUCUGGUGACAGUGGUUGGGAUAUGUUGGACGCGGCUGUGGUGUGUAAGGAGUUGGGCUGUGGGGCCGCGCUGUCAGCAUCAGGAGACGCUCACUUUGGCGAAGGCUCAGGUCCCGUUGUGACCGCGUAUGUUCGGUGCAGAGGAAGUGAGUCUACUCUGAGGGAUUGUCAGUCAGGGUCCUGGGGUCACUAUUACUGGUCACACACCUAUGAUUCCGGCGUCAUCUGCUCAGGAACUAAAAGUCCCCGACUGGUGAAUGGAAGCAGCCGCUGUUCGGGGAGAGUAGAGCUGUACACCCAGGACACUUGGGGGUCAGUUUGUGGAAAUGACCUGAACAUGGAGAUGGCCGGAUAUAUCUGUAAAUAUUUGGGAUGCGGAUUUGCUUUAUCAGUAUCAAGUGAUGCUCGCUUUGGAGAAGGAUCGGGACCUGUUGUUGGUUGGCCUGACUGCGGACAUGAUCGAGACGGUGGCAUAUUCUGCUCAGAAUAUCAUUCCCUGAAGUUAAUCGGCGGAAACAACAACUGUUCUGGCACAGUUAAGCUGCAGCGCGAUUAUAAAUCAGGAACCAUCUGCGAUUAUUACUGGGAUUUAAAGGACGCCGGUGUUCUCUGCAAGCAACUGGAUUGUGGAUAUGCUUUAUCAACUGGUCCUGGAGCACAGAUUGGGAAAGAAACAGGUCGUAUCUGGAAAACUAACUUUAAUUGUGUUGGUACACAGUGGCACUUACGGUUAGAGAGCGGUGUGAGCCGCUGUGAUGGGCGAGUGGAGAUUUAUCAUAACGGCACUUGGGGCAGAUUGCUGGACGAUUCCUGGAAUAUAUCAGAUGCCGAUGUCAUCUGCCGACAGCUGAACUGUGGCUCUGCUAUUUCAGUCUACAACUCUUCCCAGUACGGGGAAGGCACUGGACCUGUGUGGAUCAAUAAUGUUCAGUGUGCGGGAACCGAGACGCACAUCUGGAACUGCGCACAUUCCACAGUGGCUUCAUCCUCCGGGAGCAGCAGUGAUGUGGGAGUGCUUUGUUCGGAUAACAAACAGCUUCGGAUAAAUCAAUCAAACGGGAGCACAGUUGAUGCUGGAGUGCAAAGUUCAACAGAAGAUGUUCAGAUCAGACUGAUGGACGGUGGGAGUUCUUGCGCUGGGAGAGUGGAGAUUUACUACAACGGAACAUGGGGUACGGUGUGUGAUGACUCCUGGGGAUCACUUGAGGCGGAUGUUGUGUGCAAACAGCUCGGAUGUGGACCAGUAUUUGAUGAAGCAGCUGAUGCUCUUUGUGGGCGAACCUCAGGACCAGUUUGGUUGGAUGAGAUGAGAUGUUCAGGAAAUGAAUCGGCUCUAUGGGAAUGUGCCUCGUCUCCAUGGGGGCAGCAUGACUGUGGUCAUAAAGAAGAUGUGAGCAUUGUUUGUACAGCUCACAAGUCACUGCGGCUGGUGAAUGGACAACAUUCCUGUGAGGGGAGAGUGGAAGUGUUUUACAAUGGGACCUGGGGCACAGUUUGCUCCGACUCCAUGGGACUCGAAGACGCUGAGGUGAUCUGCAAACAGUUAGGUUGUGGCCACGCUCUGAAGGUUGAUAUUGAUGGCCAAAUUGAUAAAGCAUCUGGACCUAUUUGGAUGGAUGACGUAGAGUGUAAUUCACAGGAAUCCUUCCUAUGGCAGUGUUCUUCGACACCUUGGGGUGAACACGACUGUGAACAUUCGGACGAUGUGCGCGUAGUUUGUGAAGAGAAAUUUACGAGAAAAACGGCUCGUGCAAAACAGUGCCCUGGGAGGUCACCUGACGAGCAGCAUCAUUUAUCAGGACAGAAGAUGCGGUUGGUUGGAGGAAGCAGCAUUUGCUCGGGGAGAGUUGAGAUACUGAGCAAUAAGACGUGGGGGACGGUGUGUGACGACUCCUGGGAUAUCCGAGAGGCCAGUGUGGUGUGCGGACAGCUGGACUGCGGCCCGGCCGUGCGGGCUGUGGGACAGGCGGGGUUCGGACAAGGCGCUGGUCAGAUAUGGCUGGACGAGCUUCACUGCAGAGGAAGCGAAUCCUUUCUGUGGGAUUGCGUCUCCGCAUCCGCGGGUCGCAGCGACUGCGUUCACAAAGAAGACGCCGGUGUGUUUCGAAAGUGUGACUACCACAUGUUGUACAACAAUAAAAUAACAAAUGUUAUGUCCUUGACUUGCAAAGUCCAGUUGAUCAACAUACCUUUCGUGGUCUGCAUCGUCCUUGGAAUCCUGUUAGCGGUGGUACUGUUUGCACUGAUUGUACAGAUGGACAGUAAUUCUUCAGGAACAGAGGAAAAAUAUCCAUCUGCUCGUUUGUAUCAAGCAAUUUAUGAAGAAAUUGAGGAUCGGCCGAUCAGAAGAAGAAACUUCGAGGCUGACUCCACUGGUACAUACUUUACAAUCAUAUUUAUUGCAUCCGCAUCAUUGAACAAAAAGCAUCAACAUUAG